AUGGACCUCACUGCCGCAGAUAAUAAAUUUAAUCAUCAGGGAACCCGCAUUAUCGAGUACAUGAUGCGUGACGAGGAAGGGGUUUACAACGCCCUUCAGGAAGAAGCUGGUGUCGACAAGGCGUGGAUUCGGUGGAAAGAUUUCAAGGUGUUUGAUUCUUUUUGCCGUACGUGCCCUCCAAAGGCAGAUGGCUGCCAUCCCGACUACUGCGGAGACGACUACAUCCAGCAUAAGGAAUUUCCGCGCUGCAUCGAGGAUAAGAAUAAGAUCGAGGUGGAAAACCCAACUAUUCUCCACUUGGAAGAUUUAUCUGUCCUUACAUUCGCUACCUUACUCGAGAUGAAUAUAGGAGUAUCGUCUAAGUCCAUUGAGGAGGUCAAAAAGGAGAAGGAUAGAAAGACAACGGAACUUGUUCUUAUAGUCCUGAUAUACCUUUUGCGGGAUUUGUCGGCCGGGCAGCUGGCGUCGCCUCUAACUUUGCUGUGGCUGCACUUAUUAUCGGUAUAA